GGCUGGGACCUGGAUUCCCGGGUCUAAGGGAGGAGAGCUGGGGCUGGGGCCAAAUUCCCAGGUUUCUGGAUCUCCUGGCAACACCCCCAUGGUCGGGCUUCCAGGAUUUAGCCCCUAUUUAUGGUUCGAUCCCUCGGCCUCCCCGGACUUCAGAGGUGGAAAGUCUCUCAGGGAAUGGCAGAGAGACAGACUGACCUGGAAUGGCUGCGGGAACGCGCUAUGCCGGGAAGGUGGUGAUUGUGACCGGGGGCGGGCGUGUCAUCGGAGCUGGGAUGGCAAGAGUCUUCGAUGAGUAGGGGUCUGGUUUGGUUAUCUGCGACAAGGAUGAGUAAGGAGGUCAGGCCCUGGAGCAGCGGCUUCCUGGAGCUGUCUUCAUCCCCUAUGACAUGACUCAGGAAGAAGACGUGAAGACCCUGAUUUCCAAGACCAUCCUGCGAUUUGGCCACCUGGACUGUGUGACCAACAAUGCAGGCUUCCAUGACUCCCCUCAGUGGCUGCAGGAGACCUCGGCCCAGGGAUUCCGGUAGCUGCUGGAGUUCAGUCUGUUGGGGACUUACACCGUGACCAAGCUGGUCCUCCUCCACCUGCAGAAGAGUUGAGGCAACGUCAUCAACAUCUCCAGUCUGGUUGGGGCCAUUGGCCAGUCCCAGGCGGUUCCCUACGUGGCCACAAAGGGGGCAGUAACAGCCAUGACCAAAGCCUUGGCCCUGGAUGAGAGCCAAUAUGGCCUCGGAGUCAACUGUGUCUCCCCUGGAAACAUCUGGACCCUGUUGUGGGAACAGUUGGACCUCAACACUGACCCCAGGGCCACAAUCCAGGAGGGCACUUUGGCCCAGCCCCUGGGCCACAUGGGCCAGCCAGCUGAGUUUGUAACCCUAUUCCUGGCUUCUGAAGCCAACUUCUGCACAGGCAUCGAGGUCCUUGUGACUGGGGGUGCAGAGCUAGGGUAUGGGUGCAAGGCUGCUCGGGGCAAUCCGUGGACCUCCCUGCUUGCCCACAUUUUCCUGCCCAGCAUUUCCCACCCCAGACUCCAGCCUGUUCCAUCUUCCUCCCAGGUCCCAGGUCCAGCCCUCCAGACGUUUAAUCCACAUAGGAAUACACCACACCACCCCUCAGGUUCCCCACAGAGCAAUCUGCAGCCAGAAGGAGAACAUCUUAUGUUUAUUUCCUGCCCUUUAUACAAAUCUGAGCACACCAGGGUUACCCAGCCCAUAAGUUGCCUCCACCCUGAAGGAUGGCAGUUCCUGGAGGGCCUUGAAGCAGAUGCCCAAGGGGCUCACGAAUGCCAGGUAGAGCAGUUCAGUUUCACCUGGGUGCUAAUUAGAAGUCACACAGGGGAGAGUACAUUAAACGCUAAUUAGGAUAUAAUGGAGAAGGAAAAGGCCUCCUGUUUGUUCUUGAUCCUUGGGGAAAGUGGUUUUGACCUCCUUGCCUGUAGAGCAGGAGAGUGGCUACCAAGACAAGUUCCGAGGGAAGAGGAAGCCGGGUUGAGACAUUUGGGUCAGAGGGAGAGGGGGCUAGGCCCGGGACUCGCGAGUUUCGGUUUGGGGAAGACUCGGAGGAAAGCCCCGCAGGUGAGGGGGUGGGGCUGCAAAGCUUCUGCGGAUUGGUCGCCGCGGGGCGUGUUCGGCAGUCGCUGAUUGGCUGCGGGGGCCGGGCGCGGCCUGUGGCUGGACGUUGGAGGAGGACUGGGACCGAGAGGAAAAACAGCAAUGUCUUCAGGGGAGGGAUCGUGAUUUGGCUCCUCUGCCCUG